AUGCGGGUGCAGGAGCUGGAGGGCCUGCAGCAGCAGCAGCAGCAGCAGCAGCAGCAGCAACAGCAGCAGCAGCAGCAACAGCAGCAAGAGCAUGAAUCCCUGCGCGAAGAAGCAGAAGCAUUGAGGAUUCGUUGUGCUGCUGCUGAGCUGCAGGUUGAGCUGCAAGAGAAAGAGAGACAAAAGGAGACACUCAUGCUGCAGCAGCUGCUGCAGCAAGCGGAGGAGCGUGCUGCUGCACUGCAGCAGGCCCUUUUAAACCGCCGUCUCAGCAGCAGCAACAGCAACAGCAGCAGCAGCAGCAGCAGCAGCAGCAGCGGCAGCAGCAGCAGGUCUCCUCUGGGGUCUCCUCCAGGAGGAGACAGCCCCGGCAGCACGAGGAGACGAAGAGACAGUCUCCAAAGGGCCCUCCAGUCAGCUGACGCGGCUCUGGCGAAGGCUGUGGUGUACGUACACCGCAGCAAGCUCAACAGCGACAGAGACAAGAAGGGAGUGGCAGCUGCAGCAGCAAAAGAGGGGCCUGAAGCAGCAGCGGAAGGGGCCCCCACCAGCGCACCCUGUGGGGAAGGGGGGCCCCCAAAAGCGCCAGCGUCAGACUCUGCGGCCUCGAAAGGACCCACUGAGGCUGGAAAGAGCGGCAAAGGGGGGCCCCCAAGGCCCCCCAGGGGGCCCCCCGAGGGGCCCCCGGGGCCCCCCAAGCCCCCUGUAGCGGCUGCCUCAACACAGACACCGCAGCAACUCAAGCAUCAGGGGGCCCCCGACACAGGCAGCAGCUGCGCAGUACCCCAGGGGCCACCGAAGGGGGGCCCCCCAGGUUACAGCAAGGGGCCCCCGUCAGAUAAACCCCCAGGAGAACCGCCACAGGGGCCCCCAAAGAGGCCCCCAACAGAACACCCAGAAGGGCCCCCAGAGAAUAUUAGAACAGGGGGCCCCCCAAAGGGCUCCGAGGGGCCCCCCGGGGGGCCCCCAGCAAAUGGUUCAGAGAGCCCUGCAGCGAUUCCCGUGGGGGGUUCAGUGGGCCCCCCUCCUAAUAAGCCCAUGGAGGGGCCCCAGGGCCCCCCCAAGAGGGUACCCGAGGGGCCCCCAGCAAAGGGACUGGCGGGGCCCCCCAAGAUUCCUCCAGCGGGGGUGACGGGGAAACCCUCAGGGGGGCCCCCCCCUAAACCCCCCGAGGGUGUAGCAGCAAAGCAAAGCCAAGGGCCCCCAAAGAAACUCCCUGAAGGGCCCCCGCCCAAACGCUUGGGGGGGCCCCCAGCGAAGUCAGCAGAGACAGACCAAUCAAAGCAGCCAGAGGGGCCCCCAAAGAAGGCACUUGAGGGGCCCCCAAAGGAGACACUUGUGGGGCCCCCAAAGGAGACACCUGAGGGGCCCCCAAAGAAGGCCCUCGAGGGGCCCAAACCCGCAGAAGGGCCCCCAAAGAAAACACCAGAGGGGCCCCCGACAACCCUACCCAAGCAAACCACAAAAAUGAAGUCCGAGGGGCCCCCAAAGAAACCACCAGAGGGGCCCCCAAAGAAGUCAUCAGAGGGGCCCCCAAAGAACUCAUCAGAGGGGCCCGCAGCGAAGCCAUCAGAGGGGCCCCCAAAGGGUUCACUAGGGGGGCCCCCGAAAGUCAUCAGAGGGACCCCCAGCGAAGUCAUCAGAGGGGCCCCCAGCGAAGUCAUCAGAGGGGCCCCCAAAGAAGUCAUUAGAGGGGCCCCCAGAAGUACCAUCAACAAAGGGGCCCCCAAGAAACUCCCCAGAUAUACCCACAGCAGAGGAGUCGAAGGGGCCCCCAAAGAAGGUGUCAGAGGGCCCCCCAAAGAAGCUACCAGGGGGCCCCCCGGGAGGACCUAG